AUGGUGUGUGGAAAUUACCACAAACCAAGGGGUCACGUGGAGAUUGACAACACAGAGGAUGAAAUGCCUUAUCAAUCUGAUGCGAUGUCACCUGUUCUACCAAUUGCAAAAAUAGAAUCAAUAUCCUGUUUACAUGAAAACUCACAAAUGACUAACAAAGGUGGCAGUGAUAAAGGAAAUGCUCAUCCUACUAGGUGUAAACCAAAGAUGUUACGACCGGCCCCGUCUCAGCCUCCAACAUCAACUAAGAUUGUAGUACCUGCUGAUAUUGUAACACCACCAUCCCACCCGACGCCAUCCCCCAUCCAUGCCUCAACCCUUGAGGUAUUUGUCUUUAUGUCGACUCUAUGUUUAAGUAUUGAUACCAUGGGUGUCUCUUCACAACAUUCCCCACAUGAGACUUUGGUAGAGAAGAAUGUGCAACAAAAUUUCGAUGAUCAUGAGGAUAUGGUGGAAAUUGGGGACCACAUCCAAGAGGAUGAGGAGGUAGGUCAAGGGAACGUUCCUCCUAUCGUGCCUGUGAGAGAUGAUAAUGGAAAAGUCAUUAUACGACCUUAUGGUAAAGGACUCACUCCUAACAACGCAGUUGCAGAUGCCAUUAGGUAUGCCAUACAAAAACAAUUUUGUGAGCCUAUCUAUGGUUGGAGUGCAACCACUAACAUAAUUAGACAAGAUUGGUUUGAAACGUUUGCGGAGAAGGUGUCGUGGGAUCCUUGUCAUAAUGAUAUUGUGAAACGUCUGUUUGAACAAAAGACCGCUAAAAGCCUAUCAGAUAUGCUUACAAAGGUGAGGAAAAAAGGGACUCGACCUAGUUGGAUAGGUGUGGAAGCUUGGACUGGUCUUCAAGCAUAUUGGGAAGAUAUAUUAUUCAAGAACAUCUCCAACCAAAAUAAGACCAAUCGAGCUUUAGCAGGAGGCGGGGUUGUCCACAUCUCAUGCCGCAAGGCUCAUAUUGAUGUUGCGAUUGAGCUUAGCAAUAACCUUCAAAGAGAUUUACUUCCAAAUGAGUUAUUUUUGACAACCCACAAGAGGAAAAAUGGAACAUUUAAAAAUAAAUUGGAGGAAGUACAAACACAACUUGGCGAAACAAGUGAAGAAAGUGCUAAAGAGGUAGAUGGAGGGACAAUACUUAAGUUAUGGACUGAAUCUGCAGGGGGUCGCACUCUUGGUCGAGUUUAUGGAACAUUUAAAAAUAAAUUGGAGGAAGUACAAACACAACUUGGCGAAACAAGUGAAGAAAGUGCUAAAGAGGUAGAUGGAGGGACAAUACUUAAGUUAUGGACUGAAUCUGCAGGGGGUCGCACUCUUGGUCGAGUUUAUGGUACGGAAGACUUGUCUAUUAACGUUCGACAUGGGUGUGUAUCGCUUACACAACAUUCCCAGAAUCCUUCUAAUUCUAUGACUGGGAUGUCUUUAGAAGCGGAGAGGGCAGCUAGAAUUCGAGUUGAACAACUUGCUCAGGAUGCAAUGGCCCAAGCUCAAGUGGCUACCAAGGUCGCCGAAGAGGCUUGGGAGCGUUCAAAGAAGUUAGAGAAUGAUUUUGAUGCAUUAAAGCAAUUUUUUGGAGAUAAAAUUGACGCUUUGCAGCGUCAAUCAGCUGGUGGAUCAUCUACUGCGAGUCUUCCUCCUUCGCAUCCUCAUUACGAUCACAUUUUGGACGACCUGUCGCUGGACGAACCUUAA